UGAAGAUCUACACAGUCCUGCAGCCUGACUUACUUCCGGGUCUCUUUUUUUUUUUUUUUACUUAAAGUAUUAAAUCAUAAAGCUAGAAAAAGAAAACAGUUCUUAUAUGUAUAUUUCCAUUCAUGUCCUCCAAAAUGACACAUCAUGCCUCAUCAGGACCCUCAACCAGCAAGUCCACUCAAACCUGGACUUUAAAGGCUUCACUGCAGGAGCGGAGAGAAGAUACAGAUGAGCAGGAAACCUCUGAGGAGUGGCUGAAAUGGAGGAGUUUGGAGAGUUGUGGCCUCACUCUUUCACACUUCCUUUCUCACUGUUCCACGGCUCCUGUAUCUUACAGAGGAGAUGGGGAGGAUGCGCAGCUGGAGAUCGACUCCGAGACCCUCAACGACUUUGAGAUGCAGCUUUACCAAGCGAUCGAGAUGUUCCACAGCAGAAUCCAGUGGCUGACUCGAGGCAGCAGAAAGAUCUUUGGGAUGGUGCCAGGAUCCAGACUUGGAGUUCUCGUCGACUCUUCUGAUGUGAGCUGCUUCGAAGAGAGGCUCUCGGAACUCCAGCGCCACCUCCUGCUUCUCGUACAGGAGCAGUUACGCCUGAAGAAGCAGCUGCACUUAAUGUCUGUAGGCACAGAAGUCAACAGUCUGUGGGAGAAACCGAGAGACGUUAACCAGAAAAGGCUGCAGGAGGUUCAGGAGUGGAUCCUGCGCUUGAUCUCGAGCGGAAACUGCAACCUGCUGCAAGGUUUAGAGAAAACUCGGAGCCAAACCCAUCUCGACAGUCUGCUCAUUAUCCUGAGCUCCUGUCCCGAUCAGGAUAUAGAUGUUUUAUUGUCCUACAUGUCAGAGAUGGUACAGGACACGUCUCUGUGUGCUCACGUGGUGCUGCUCGACUCGUGCAGUCCAUCAGUGAUUGAAGCUGUAAAGGACAUGAGUAAAGUGACAGGAGGACGAUUUCACCUGUUUUUUGCUUCACAGGGUAUAGUGGACAGCAGUAGUGACCUGGAGCUUCUGUGGGCUGAAAUUAAAACCGCAAGAAGCAUUCUCCAUCACAUCCAGAACGCCCGGCAGCAUGGACGACUGAACCACACGCCGGUGUCUAUCGUUUCAGAGAUCUCGACAGAUUUAGAAGCUCUGUCUCUGUCUGAUCUAAACUCAGGAGCCCAUACCGCUGUCCACGGUGCUGAACUGUGUGUCCAGCCUGCCGGUCCUCUUCCAUCCUCCUCUGCCGAGUGGCUCAGAACAAACGGCCUGAAAGCCAAGAACCUGAACCUGUACCAUGUGCUGGCUCCAAACAUCUACACUCCUCUGGAGGGGUUUGUCCCCAUACUGGGAAAGAAGGUCCAGUCCAAAGUGCAUGAGAAAGCGACGGUGCAGUUCGAGUGGCAUGACGGCACUCUGAAGAACAUGCAUGUGGAUCUGCCCCUGCUUCAGAGUUAUCAGAGGCGCCUCCUGGAGGCCGAGGGUGUCCUGGAGGACAGGGUCAUGUGGUUAAACACCUUUAGCAGCAGGCAGAUCUGGGGAACUGUGUGUGAACAGAGCGUGCAGAUUGUGCUGGACGUGUCCGACGUGAGCGACCACCACCAGCUGCACAUCCAGCAUGCCGUCCGACUCCUCCUGCAGGAACAACUUCCCAGCACGCAUCGCUUCAACAUCAUAGCGUUUGGAGCAGAUGUGAAAGCGUGGAGAGAACGAGCAGUUUCUUCUAACCCCCAAAACCUUCAGGAAGCCUGGCAGUGGGUUCAGAAAUUAGAGUGCGCAGGAGAUCGUAACACGCUGGCCGCUCUCCGACACGCCACCGAGUCGGAACCACAGGACUCGUCCCUCACUCGCGGAGUGUAUCUGUUCACCACCGGCGCUCCGGAUCAGGACCACUCAGUCCUCUUUUCAUACGUAUCGGAGUUCUGCACCGGUCUCCGGAUUCACGUGUGUCUGUUCACCAGAGAGGUCGAGCCGCUCCGAUGCUCAUCGUCUCAUCACGUGUCCCGCGUCCAAGUGGCCCUGAUUCUGCGCAACCUGGCGCACUGCGCUAACGGCCGCUUCCACUGGAUCACAGACACGGGUAUCGUGGAGAGCGAUGACAUCACCACCCUAACCCGAGAAAUGGAGGAGGCGGCUGAUUACUGGCAGAAGUGCUGCGAUUUGGUGGACUCUUUGCUCCAGCACAGCUCCAGCGCAGAUCAAGAGGAAGCUCAUGCUGAAGAGUGUCAUAGUCCAGCUCACUGCACUGAAGCUCUGAAGCAGAAACACACACUUCCUCCUCCCAGGGAGACUCGACUGAGCUCAGCCAGGCUGGGGAGGACGGAGGUGAAACCAUCGACAGCAUGGAGACCAAACAGUGCCAAGGCGCUCAUUCCUCCUGCUCAUCCACCAGAUGGAUGGAAACCGAUCAGGAUUACAAACUCCACAAAAGUGAAAAAGAAGGAAAAAUCUCCUGCUCUGCUCCGAAGGAGGAAGGAAGCCCUGAUUCAGAUUUACGGCUUGUGUGUUUGUGUUUGUAUAGGUUCAGUUUUUAAUCAUCUGAAGGCAAACAGCAUUCAGAAGCGCAUUCAUAUCCCUAAAAACGAGGACGUCUCCUCCUCCAAACAGUGGCUGAGCCGCUUUGGAAUCAGGAGUCUGAAACUGGACCUCCACAAGCUGCUCUCGGUUCCUGCCUGCACCCACCGCACGGAGCUGGUCACGUCCGUCAGCAGAAGCGUGUCUGCCAAAUACUGCACCAUCUUUCCCAGCGUGCACCUGAAUGGUCGAGAGCGACAUCUGUUUCUGAGUUCGGGAGAGUUGAAGCAGUACCUGAUCCAGAGCGAACGUCUCCUGCAGCGUUACGCUCACAGGAUGCAGUGGCUUCUCUCAGGCAGCAGACGUGUGUUUGGUUGCGUGUUGGAGAGAGACGUGUGUAUAGUACUGGACGUGUCGGGCUCCAUGUCCCCUCACUUCACCACACUGUACACACACCUCAUCUCACUGAUCUGGGAUCAGCUUCAUACCUGCAGAGUGAGGUUCAGCAUGGUGGCGUUCUCUGAGCUGGUGCAGGUGUGGCAGGAGGAGCUGGUGGAGGCUUCAGAGGAGAGGUGCAGGGACGCAGUAACAUGGCUGAGUCAGCUAAACACCCACGGAGGAACCUCCAUUCUACAUGCACUAAAGGCAGCAUGUGUGUUUGGCGACUCGGUUGGUGUGUAUGUGAUCAGUGACGGACGCUGGGACUGUAGCUGCAGUCUGGUCCUGGAGGAGGUCGAGAGACUGACAUCAGGAAAACAUAUCACCAUCCACACGGUCACGCUGAGCGACCCAGACAGCACAGACGUGUUUCUGAAGAGCCUGGCCCAUCAAACUGGUGGUCGCUUCCACCAGGUACCUACAGCUUCAGAAACGGCCAUGACUACAGAGCUCCUGAGCAGCAGCUUCAGUGCAGGCCAGGACUCGGUUCUCCCAGAGUUUCAGGGUGACGAUCUGAAGAGGCUGAGGAACGAGAUUGAAAAGUUGAGAAUGUUCCAGAAACAAGCCAAAGACUUCAGGGAAAUGUUACUGGUGAAGAAUCCAGAAGUCAGUAACCCGAAGUAAACGAAUCAAGACUCAUUGAAGCAUUUGAUUUUGAAAACCAGUUUAAAAUCAUAAACCGAUGUUAAUAAAUAAAAUUGUGUGUAAUAAAGUCUAUUGUUAAAAAUAAAG